AUAAGUAGUCUAUUGGCGACACCAAGUGAAAGUUUUAAGGUAAGUUUCAUUACAUCAGUAAGUAAUGAAUACAUUUGCGGAAGACCAAGAUUUUUUUUGGACAAGUGAACCCGCGUCUCUUGUAUAUUGUCGGUGGCCAUCACACGGUUCGUUGCCAAUCAAUUUUUAAAACAAAUUUAUAACGCUUUUGUUCAUGACACUAAGCUACCAUUGGUCAAGUUGCGCUUAAUCACGUUCUAUAUAAUUAAAUUAUUAUUAUUUUGUCAACGCAGAAAACAAUUAUUUACAAGAUUAUUGGUUUGUUUUCUUGAUAAUAGUUUUCUAAUCUAUCACAAACCAAUCAUUGUCCUCUGUCAUGUUUUGAGAGAAGAAAAAAAAACAACCCAUAAUCGUAGAGCUAAAGCCCAUUGAUUAGUUACUUUUCAUUGGGCUACAUGUAACAUGUUAUAUAGCCCAUUACUUUUAAUCUCAUCUUCACCGGACACUCCACACAUACAUGUACAUAUCCAAUUUUAUGGUUUUCAAAGCUGAAAGGGAUUUGUGUUUUCAACCAACAUCGAAAAAGGAUUAUAUAAAUGGAUUCAGUUAAAUACGUAAUUAAGAAACCAACAAUAGAAAAAUAAUAUUCAGUACCAAUCACCCACCAAACUUUUACUUCCCUUAGAUAUAAAGCCUCCUUCACACUCUACUCUCUCUCCACAAAUUUUGCAGAUAAAAUAUUUAAAAACUUAGGCAAAAUCAUCACACUCAAGUAAACUACAAACUUCAAAAACCCAAAAAACCCUUUAGGAUCCUCUCAACGUGUGAUUUAAAUUAAUAAACAAAAGUAAAGAUUGAAUUUCAGAUUUCAGAUAGAGUUUCAUUAUCCACUCUAGCCUGCAGCUCAAGCAUCUAAACCCCCAGACAAUGAAAGGGAAUCAACCAAUUGACACAUUCAUAUAAUGUACACACAAACACCUUAUGUAGCUUACAAGGAAACCAAAAAAUCAAACAGACAAAAACCAAAAGCUAGCUAUGAACACAGAAUGGGAGAUGGAUUUGGAUCGAAAGAAAACGUUUUUCAAAUGCACAAAGUGGCAGUUCGAAGACACACUUGAUCCUAUCAACUGCCCUUACCACUACUUCUGCGACAGCAACUACGCCGGCGACUACCCUGAAAUCAUCGACCUUCUUGUUUUCUUCUUCGUCACGUUUUCUUACUUGACCACGCUACUCGCCGUCUUAAAGAAAGUACUAUCAAGAACAAGAAGAGUCAGAGAAGAUGAUGGUGUUGUUGCUGAUGAUGAUAAAGCGAAAAGGUACUUACUCCCUUCAGGUCCACUCUCUCUUCCUCUGAUCCUCCUGAUCCUCGCAAAAGGCCAAAGAAUCAACACCCUUUUCCCCAUAUCCAUCUUCGGACCAGCGAUCCUGCAGCUAGCCCAGCUCUCUGUGCUCAUAUUCGAGAACAACAUCGAAAAGGAAGCUAGCUUUGUUUUCUUCGAAGCCUCAACUAUCUCCGGUGUUCUCCACGCGAGUCUUUACCUAGACGCUGUGAUUCUCCCUUACUACACAGGGUACGAUGCUCUCGUCACUUCGACGUUCUCCGGAGUCUGCAAGUCUUGCAUCUGCAGGAAAGAGGCGUUGACGGUUGGUGGGAAGAUUGUUGCGUACCGAGGAUGGUCUAGUACAUCGUUUUUGUUGGUUGGUGUUUUGUGUUUGAGGAUUAUAUGCAAAUUGUGUAGAGAGGAAGCGAAGAGGAAGAAAGUUUUUGUGAUUAAGAAUGUGGUGGAGGGGUUGGCGUGGAUUGUUCUUGUAAGAGAUUGCGUGUACUUGGCGGUUAUAUCUCCUGUUGAAGAGCCGGUCUUGUUUAGAGUUUAUGUGUUUGGUUCUGUUCUCGUGUUGAUAUGUGUUCAUGUAAUCUCACAAGUGUGUUGUUUGGUUAGUCGGAGGCAGAGUAAAAAGACAACAAACACUUAACAUUUCAGAAGAAAAGAGAAGUAAUUGUGUAAAAUGUAAAUGUAAAUGUUUUUUUUUUCAAAACAA